AUGGAAGGAAGACUGAAAGCCAUACGGGCCGGUAACAGAUCAGCGGUGACGAAACUUUUCGGACGAUUUUUGGACUUGAAAGAAAAUACAACCAGUGAAGUAACGGAGGAAAUCGAAAUAAUUAGAAAGUCCCUAACGCAAAAAAGACAAACUCUACAAGAACUAAAUGAACGCAUAUUAGACGCAUUAUCUGAAGAGGACAUAGAAGAAGAAAUCACGAACACAGAUGAGUAUAUGUACGAAUUAGAUUGCAAAAUUAAGAAAACAGAAAAAUUUACGGAAAAAGUUUCAUGUAAAACUUUGAACGCCAGUGCUGAGUGUUUUGUACCCGCCUUAGAAAUUCAUGAUAGUAACGUAAACACAUCAGCUGCAAUCAACUCAAGUGAAACGGCUUGCGAGAAUAUUCUAAACAAUUUUCCUGCCACUGAUCUCGAUGAACAAAGUAACCAUGAUUGGCAGAAAAAUGUUUUGUCAUUACCAUCCAACCACGCUACGAAUAAUCAUAGAUUACCGAAGCUAAAUCUUCCAGAUUUUGACGGGGAUAUAUUACAAUGGAAUACGUUUUGGGAUUCAUUUGAAUCAACAAUUCACCGCAACCAAACUUUAACACCAAUUCAAAAGUUUUCGUAUCUCAAGGCUCAAUUACAGGACGCAGCAGCACAAACCAUUGCAGGAUUUACUCUCACAAACGCGAAUUAUGAAACCGCCAUAGACCUACUCAAGGAACGGUUUGGUCAACCCCAGAAAAUUAUCAAUGCACACAUGAGAGCACUUAUGGAACUGCAUGCCCCGAGAAACGACGCCAUAAGUUUAAGAAAUUAUGGAGACUGCUUGGAAUCUCAUGUCAGGAGUUUAGAGUGUCUAGGACAAAAGCAAGAGAUGUACGGAGCUUUACUUAUUCCACUCAUAAUCAACAAGUUACCAGCUGAAAUCCGGAAAAACAUUGCACGUGAGUACGAUGGUGACAACAUUUCACUACUCAAUCUUCGUAAAGCUAUCAGCAAAGAAGUCAAAAUCCUUGAAUCAGGCCAGAUUGAAAACAGCGAUCGAUUCCACGCAACAGCAAUGUUUCUUACCGGAGCCUCAAAGAAACAACGCCAUGUUCGUAAUGGACACAACCAGAAAACAAAAGAGUCAACUCCUUAUGUCGAAACAACAGAGAUAAUGAGCCGCCCAUGCAUUUAUUGUUGCACAGAGAAUCACUUUCCAGGGGAUUGUAAGAAAGUUACAGAAGUAAGUACAAGAUUCGACAUCUUAAAACGGAAGAAAUUAUGUUUCAACUGCUUAGGAAACCACCGCGCCGCAGAUUGUAAAUCCCGCAACAGAUGUAAAAAGUGCCAGAAGAAACACCACACAAGUAUAUGCGACAUGAAACUAACGAGGGACAGAGACGAGCCCACCAAAUCAACAAUUGUCAACAUUGUAGGAACGAGCAAACCAAAACCCACAGAAAUGAACGUUGAACAACGACAUAAAAGUGUUUUAUGGAAAUCAGCUUCCACUCCGAUGAGUCGGACUGCGGACUCCAUUCAAGAAAGUAGCAAGCUGACUAACGAGAUACAGCAACUUAAGUCAGAGCUGAAGACUAAGACAGAAAGGAUGAAUACCUUGGAACGAGAAAAUGGUACCCUGCUAGAGAGAUUGUUACAAUUCGACCAACAAAGAAAUUUCCAGACUCGUGUGGAGAAUGGGAUGAAGGAUAUGAUGGAACAGAUGAAUAAACUUGCGCACGAAAACGGACACUUGCAUAACGAGGUUCAGGAAUUAAAGGACCAGGUUGUUAAUAUCAAAACCUACAGCACUCACUUGGAGCAUCUUAAUGCUAAAAACAUCAGUCUUCAGUCACGAUAUGAUUACGCCCAAAGGCAAAUAAGUGAGCUAAAUAUCAAAGUACAGACACUUGAAAAUCAACUACAAACCUCACAGGACCCCGUGGAAAGAAGGGAGAAAGAUCACACGUUCGCCGUAAGGAUCCGUGAUGACACACGAAGGGAAGAAACUCAGAUGACAGAAAAACGUACAGAGGCUGAGGAGAAGGAAAAAGAAAAAUCACAGAAAAAGAAUCUCAGGGACAUGGCAGAGAUAAUAAACAAAAUGCCAAUCUACGGACUCGAAACAUGGAGCUGGAGAAAUCUAACACAGAACUACGUCACAAACACUCCGAGGAACUCAUACAGAGGAGAGACGGAUUCGUUAGAGUUGCCACUUUACGGACCAAAAAUGGACUUACCAACAGACCAAUUGUGA